CUGGGGCGGGGUCUGGGGCCCGGGGUCUGGGGUCUGGGGGUCCGGGGAUGGAGGCGGCGGAGGUGGAAUUUCUGGCGGAGAAAGAGACGGUGACGAUUAUCCCGAAUUUCAGCUCCGACAAAAUCUACCUCAUCACCGGAGAUUUGGGACCGUUCAAUCCAGGGAUGCCAGUGGAUGUGCCCGUGUGGCUUGCGAUUAAUCUGAAACAGAGACAGAAGUGCAGAAUCGUGCCCCCCGCCUGGAUGGAUGUAGAAAAACUUGAACAAAUGAAAGAGCAAGAGCGAAAAGAAGAACCUUUCACCCCGAUGCCCAGCCCUCACUAUAUGGAACUGACCCAGUUAUUGUUAAACCAUGCCUCAGACAACAUCCCCAAAGCAGAUGAAAUCCGGACGUUGAUCAAAGAUACCUGGGAUACUCGCAUUGCCAAGCUGCGGUUGUCUGCGGAUAGCUUUGUGAAUCAGCAAGAGGCACACGCAAAGCUGGACAACCUGACUCUGAUGGAGAUCAACACAAUCGGGGCGUUCCUCACCGAAUCACUGAACCAGAUGCACAAGCUGCGCACAAACCUGCAGCCCGGAGAUAGGGCUCAUUCGCAGGACUAUUAAGCUGCCUUCAGCAGGAAAUGGUGAUUAUUUUAUAAGGAGCGGUGAGAAGAUGUGGGGAUGGGGGCAGAGCGCAGGGAGCUGGUGGACCGCUAACGUUAUGUAAUUCUUUUUUUAUAAAACCUUGAAGAUCUUCAUCAAUUCAGUUGUUAGGAAAUGCAUCACUUGGCAGAGGGGCAGCUGCAGAAUGGCGCACUCACUGCUCCAGAACAAUACCUCGAGAGCUCUUUUGAAAAUCCGUUUAUUGUUAGCGGCGGCCGGGUUAAAGUUGCUUCAAGCUGUUGCUUCUGUGCUCAACUAUGCGAGUGGGGACUCUGUUGGGAGCUACGCAGCAUUGCACUGCGGUAAAAACUGGGUUGGUAAGAUAAGUGCUGCUGAAAUGACUUGGUUCACAGCGAUUUGGAACCCCCGUUGACUCUCCUGAGGAUUCGAAGGCAAAGCAGGCAGAGGAAUAGUGAUUUGCUCUCCAUGACUGCUGUUAGGGUUUCUAGAUAAAUGGGUUCUUGACACUCAGUUAAGUGGAAAAUAAACCAUAGCACAAAAUUCUUGAAAGUCAGUGAUGGUUUUUCAGUCUGUUUUUUUUUUUGGUGGGGGUGCGUGGGGUGGGAAAGAGAAAAGAGACAACAUAAAAUACAUGGAAACUAGCCACCACAGGAUUACCCUGCGGACUGAAUAUAGGUAACCGUGACAAGGUAUAUUUCAAAUGGUUGUGUUAAGGAUCAAAAUAGCAGAAGGGGGAGUAAGAUUGGCUGUAAGAUCUGUAGCGUAUUAUCAAUGUGCAAACGCUUCUCCAGUUGUUACCAGCACGCAGGAACUGAAGAGAUCCCUGCUGACUUCCGAGUGAAUUCCCUCAGCUGUCCUUCUUUCUGCUUCAACAACAGGAAUGUUGUUCCCUCCUGGGCACUGAGUCACAGAGCCGAUGGAGUGGUGUCAGGAACACACCAGUGAGCACCAUUACUGGAGAAGCACAAGUUUAACCUUUGGUGGUUGAAGGUAUUGCUGUCAGUGCCUGGGAUUUUACCUUAUGAUCAAUUAUAUAAUCCAAUUUGUAUCGAUAUAAAUUAAAACAUUUUAUAUU